AUGGAGGGUGCCAAAGACCGUCUCAAGCAACUCGCGUCGCACUUCACCUCAGCAAAUCCUGUCCCUGGGCCUCUACCUGUCCAUGCUGGCGACAGCCACGAAUACCAUCACCGACACAAUUUCCACACCCUCAGCCCAACAUGGUUUCUCUGGCGCGCGGCGCAAAUCGAGCCGGACGCGACGGCGAUAUACCACAAGACGGCAAACAACAAGAUCCUACGACGCUCUUAUGCUGAAGCUGCGGAUCGCGCACGGGGGCUGGCAUACUAUCUGAGGAAACACGGAUACAAGAGAGUCGGCAUACUAUCGACGAACACCCCGGCAUUCUUGGAGAGCACAUUCGGCAUCGCAGCGGCAGGAGGUGUCAACGUGGCGAUCAAUUAUCGGUUGAAGCACGAUGAUAUCAGCUACAUCUUCCAGCACUCCGACGUCGAUAUGAUCAUUGCGGAUGCCGAGUUUGUGGGAUUGUUGGACGAGUACAAGAAAGAAAGACCAAACGUACCGAUAUUGAUCGACACAGACACGGACGCGACAGAAGGCGAGCUCUCAGGUCCUUUCGACGAUGCAGUACUGGAGGGAUUGAACUACGAUAUCGAACAAGGAGGCAAGGGUUGGGCAGACCUAGAGGCACAAGCAAAGAAUGAGGAGGAUGUUAUGGCACUUGCAUACACCAGUGGAACAACAGCGCGACCAAAGGGAGUCGAAUACACACACCGCGGCGUCUACCUUGCUGCAAUGGGCAACGUCAUCGAAUCCGGACUGAAUUACCACACUGGUCGUGCAAAAUAUCUCUGGACUCUUCCAAUGUUUCACGCGACAGGAUGGACAUUCCCCUGGUCCGUCACUGCCGUCCGAGGAACACACUACUGCCUCCGCAAGAUCGACUACCCAGAAAUCUGGCGCCUACUCAAGGAAGAAGGCAUCACACAUUUCAACGCCGCACCCACCGUCAACACUCUCCUCUGCGCGGCGAAGGAAGCAGAGCGCUUACCCCACCCAGUAAGAGUCACCGUAGCAGCGAGUCCACCAAGCGCCUGGCUCUUCGAACAAAUGUCAAAUCUAAAUCUACAUCCGGUUCAUGUCUACGGCCUCACGGAAACUUAUGGCCCGAUCACAAAAGGCUAUCAUAUGCCUGAAUGGGAUACGCUUCCUGAGAAAGUAAAAUACGAUCGCAUGGCACGACAGGGACAUGGUUUCGUUGUUGGUAAAGCGACGCGAGUUAUCAAGACUGAACAACCAGAAGGCGUUCUUACCAAUGUAGAGAGAAAUGGCAAAGAGAUCGGUGAAGUCAUUUUUGAGGGCAAUAUCUGCGCAAAGGGGUAUUACAAGGACGCUGAGGCGACGCGCAAGUUGUGGGAGGGCGGCUGGCUGCAUACAGGGGAUUUGGCGGUUUGGCAUCCGGAUGGAGCGAUUCAGAUUUUGGAUCGGGCGAAGGAUAUCAUUAUAAGUGGUAUGUUCUUUAAUUCCCCGUAUCACGCCAAGUCUACGUACCCCUUUCCGGACAAUUUACUAACAACACUUCUUACAGGUGGCGAAAACAUAUCCAGUGUAGCCCUUGAAGCUAUGCUUUCCACGCACCCCUCCAUCCUCGAGGUCGGCGUGUGCGCCGUUCCCGAUUCGCACUGGGGCGAGCGGCCGAAGGCUUUCGUUACCACGAAAGAUGGAACAAAUAGCGAAACCUUGGGCCAAGAAGUGAUCCAAUGGGCUAAGGAGAACAGUAAUAUUAGUCGCUUCAUGGUACCCAGAGAGGUUGUGGUUGUGAAAGAGCUACCCAAGACGAGUACGGGCAAGAUUCAGAAGAACGUUCUGAGAGAGUGGGCGAAGAAGGGCAGUGUCGAGUAG